GGUAACAGAACUGAAAAGCGCACCAAUAUUUUAAACUGGCCGUUGUUCGAGAAAACAUUUGCAGAGACCGACACAUUGUAAACAACGUUGAGGGAUGUUAUCUAUGGUAUGUAAAGGUUGAGAGCAAAAGCUCAGAGGUUGAGAAUGUUAAUCCCAGAGAUCUCUUUACCCACAGUGUAUAAAAAGCACAAAAUUCAAAGAGGUAUACGGCCACUGGGUGUCGAUUCCCUAUUUAAACGUUUCCAAACCAGUUUAAAGCAACAGAUGAGCUUGAGAGUCGAUACAUGCACACUUCGCUCUGGGAUACAUUUAUAAAUUCUGUGCAUAUUGGCAGAUUUCAAUCUAAAAAUGCGGUCUCUGUUGAGCCUGCUGCUACUGCUAGCAGUUUGUUCCUGUGCAGUUAAUGCACUAAAAAUAUGUUCUUUCAACAUACAAUCGUUUGGAGAAACGAAGGCUGCUAAAGGACAUAUCAUGGCUAUCAUUACUAAGGUUACUUCUCGAUGUGACAUCAUGCUCGUGAUGGAAGUGAAAGAUUCCACCGGAUCAUCAUUAGUGUCGCUGGUAAAUGAACUUAACAGAGGAGAUAGACGAAAGCCUUACACCUACAUCAUCAGCGAUCGCUUAGGAAGAAAGUCCUACAAGGAGCAGUACGCCUUUAUCUACAGACAAACCAUGGUGAGUGUGUUGGACAGAUACCAGUAUAUGGAUGAGCAAGUCGGAGAUGUGGAUGCCUUUUCCAGAGAGCCAUUUGUUGUCAAAUUUAGCUCACCCACGACAGAUAUUAAAGAGUUCAUAUUGAUCCCACAACACACGACCCCUGAGGCCUCCGUAAAGGAGUUGGACGAGCUCUACGAUGUUUACAUGGAUGUUAAGAACCGCUGGAAAGCAGAGAACAUGAUAUUUCUGGGAGAUUUUAAUGCUGGCUGCACGUACGUGACACGGAAGAAGUGGAGUCAAAUUCGAAUCAGGAUGGAGGAAGGCUUCCACUGGCUGAUUGGCGACGAAACAGACACCACAGUCAACACGAACACCAGAUGCGCGUAUGACAGAAUCGUGGUUAAAGGUGAACCACUCUACAGAGCAGUUGUGCCUGGGUCGGCUAAGCCCUUCAACUUCCAAGCAGCGUAUGGACUUUCUGAGACAGAGGUAAAACAAAUACUGAUGCAUCACAAAAGCAAUCCACUUCUAAAUAUAUAUUACACAAAACAUCUACACAAUGACCAGACCGAACACAAGAAUAUUAAUGCCCUGCACUCUUCCAGCCGCGAUGUGCUACUCAGCUAUUUCCAGUUUUUUUUUGUUUUAAACUGGCCAGGUGGCGGCUCAGCCGUAGAGCGAACGGCUCGCGAUUUGCGAGUUCAUAUCCCCGUUUGGAGGUUGACUCAGCCCAUCAUACCUCUUGAGGUCGAUCAAAUGAGAACCACUUUGUGUGGAAAUCAACUCACCUACCCGCCGCAGGAAUGUGUUCAGUUUUUUUCAGUUUAAUUUAUUAGGUAUAACCCUGUGAGCCAUGCGGCUCUUGACUCGGGUGCAACCACAGCAAAAUGUGGAACUUCCACCACUGUUUCACCGCUGGCUCAGGGCUGUGAACUGCGAACUGUGGCCAAAACAUCACUUUGCAAGUCUGACAUCUGUUGAAAGUUGAAUAUAACCAUUCGAAUUAUUGAAAGAGUGAAAAAAGGUUGCACAAGAUGUGAAAAAUCAUGGACGUGCCUCACCACUGCAAGCCUGACUGACAAGCAAUCUCUGUGACAAAGUGCUUAUUUGUAUUGCGUUACUCAUUUCCACAUCUCCUUGCACUAAGAGGCAUGACCUCAGACAACACACAAAAAGCACAACCUUUUAUCGACAUAUCAGUGCAUACAUGGCGAAGGGCUUGUAUAGUUCAGUAGUGAUGGGUAAGUCACCUUGGGAGCUCUUGACAAUGAUAUGUGCACCUUGUCUGAUGCUAAUCUGCUAUUAAACGUGGAAAUGUUUGAAUAACCAAAAAUGGCGUCAAAUUGAUGUUACUCUAUUUCGCCUUCACGUAAAUGUGUAUUAAAUUUGAACAAAGUUAGAAAACUAAGGUGAGCAAACAAACGCCUGCGUGUAGCUGCGCUAAGAUGCAUAACACAGCACUGCACACAUUGAA